UCAGGUCCUGGCUGCACACAGAUCUACAUUUUUAUUCAUUUUAAUUCAUCUCAGAGUUUCCAGCAUGUCGGCUCCCGAGAGGCUGCAGGAGAUUUUUAACAACAGCACUGAGAAAAACACCACCGGAGCAAAAGACUGGACUGAGGUGUAUGAAGCCGUCAGGUGGAUCCAGCUCAUCAUGGCUCUGCUCAGUGUUCUGGGUUCAGGCUCCAUCAUCGUCUGUCUGAUGUUACAGAGACUCAGCCGCACGCCCGAGCUGCAGCCUCUGUUCCUGCUCAGUGUGUCCGAUCUGCUGCUCGCUCUGUGCUGGCUGAUCGGAGCCGCUCUGUUCUCUCAAAGCUGCAGCAGCCUGAACACACACUGCUACCACCUGCACACUGUGGAGCAGGCUCUCUACAUGGCCUCCUUCUUCUACACACUCAACUAUGUGUUUGACCUCUACACCGGGAUCAGAGAGAAGUUCUACAGCUGCAUGAAUGGAUUCAUACAGGUUUCCAACAGAGUGAGCACCGCCGGUAAAAUCACUGCGCUGCUUUCAGGCCUGUUUCCUGUGCUGCUGAUGACGCCUGUCUUUAUACUGGGAGGCAUCAACCACUGUCAAACCAACUUCAGCCAGCCCUACAGGUGUCUGCUGAUGCACACCGAAGCGCUGUUUCUUACCUCAGAGCACCAGCUGCCAAUGGGACCCUGCAGAAGGCUGCACUCCUUCCGCAUCGCCAUCUUCCUCGCCACCUUCCUCCUCACACUUCUCAGCAUCACAGUGAUCAUGGUUAAAGCCCGUCGCAUUUACAGGCGGGUUGUGACGGCAAACGGUUACCUAGGCAACGAGCAGCGGGCCUCCUUCCGUGUGAUGGAUCGGCGGAUGCUCCUGUACCCGCUGGUCUUUGUCUUCUGUUGGGGUCCAGCGGUGGGUCUGGCAUUUCUUCGGGUGGUGAAGCCCUCAGCAGGUCAGGGCGAGGCCUGGGUUGCCCUCUACAUAUCUCAGGCUUUCACCUCGGCCUCUCAGGGUUUCCUCAACUGUCUGGUCUAUGGAUGGACUCGUGCACGUCUCCGGCAAGCUGGCAAGAUGGUUUUAUCUCGAGACGCUGACACUCAGACACCUCUGCUGAGAUCUCAGAGGAGCAGAGGCUACCAAACACUCCGCACUGGCUGAAAGACGCAGGGGAGAAGUGACAGUGAAACUGAAAGUGAAACUGAGCAGGUGCAGCAAAGACUCAAGCGAUAAGUCUGAACUUUCACUUUCACUGACGGGGGAAAACACCAUGGCUGAGCGUCUGCAGGGGACAAAGACUUCCACCUCUGAUCCUGAACCACUGACGUGAGAAAAAAGGGAAGAAGAAGAAGCAGGGGGACUUUACGAUGAGAAAUACAGAGACAAAGAAAACAGGAUUUGAGAAGGAUGUGGCUGCAUUGACUCUGAACUGACGGACCUCACAGGUGGUUUGUUUUAACUUUCGUCACUUUAACUAAAGUCACUUUCCAGGUCACAUGACUCCUGUGGGUCAGUGUCUGGAGGUCCAUUUAGCAGGUUAUUCAUCAGAAACUAAGCUGAAAAGGACAAAAAGAAAAUAUAUUUUAAAUUUAUAUUUGUAAUGCAUUAGAGGUAGAAAGUGAUUUUACAGUUUACAUGAACCAGAGAAAAGAAGCACUUCAUUUUUUUUAAUAUUCAAAGGCCACUAAACUUUCAGAUUAAUAUUAAGACAAAAAGUGCAUUGAAUAUGUGGUUGUGUCAAGUUUGAUACUACUGUUGAAGCCCAGUGCUGCUCUUAUCCUGCAGGUUACAUAAAGGUUAAAGGGAUUUAGGGCCUGAGUUUAAACAAAGAAAGCUGGUUUAUACAUUUUGUGAUAACUGAAGCAACCUGAAUUUCUUUUUAUAGGAUGCUUGGUAGUGAUUAAAGCUGGGUGUGCAGUUUUAUUUUGGUGUCAUUGGGUAAAAGUCCCAUAAUAAACUUUGAGCCUGUUGUAAUUCAAA